AUGGUGGGGGUUUUAUCCCAAUGCCUCCGAUCGCAUUUGGGCUCGACUUUCGUGACACCUUCUGGAUUUCACAUUUUCUCUCGCCGCGCAUUGUCUUCGGGAAAUCUUAAGGCGGCUGCCACUUCGCAGCAAGAUCAGGGGAGCGCUCCACCACCUUCUACAGCUCUUUCGGCUGAGAGACGACCGAUGAACAUGGCCGAACAUGUUCUUACUACCUUUGAUCAAAUAGUCAACUGGGCCCGUCAGGGCUCACUGUGGCCUCUCAGUUUUGGUCUAGCGUGCUGUGCCAUUGAAAUGAUGCACGUGUCCAUGCCACGAUACGACCAAGAUCGUCUGGGUAUCAUCUUUCGAGCCUCUCCUCGACAGUCCGAUGUGAUGAUUGUGGCGGGAACGGUGACGAAUAAGAUGGCUCCGGCCCUGAGGCAGUGCUAUGAUCAGAUGCCUGAGCCUAGAUGGGUCAUCAGCAUGGGCAGCUGUGCUAAUGGUGGAGGGUACUACCAUUAUAGUUAUAGUAUCGUUCGGGGUGUGGAUCGCAUUGUCCCCGUGGACGUUUAUAUACCUGGCUGUCCUCCUACGGCGGAAGCAACUCUCUAUGGGGUAUUCCAAUUACAGAAGAAGAUAAAAAGGACCCGGAUUACGCGGAUGUGGUAUCGAAGGUGA